CCUCUUUGUUGUGCCUUGCAGAUCAUGGAGUCUGUCACCAACCAGAGUUCUCGGAAAUCAGGUGAUGAGACUGUCUCUACCUCACCUGUAUUGGUGAAUGGGUUUACCCCCCCCAUUGCGGUCAGUGGUGACAAUCCAUCAAUGCCAUGGUUUGGGAUGGAUAUAGGAGGGACUCUGGCAAAGCUAGUAUAUUUUGAGCCAUGUGAUGAUCACGGAAGAGAUGAGGCUGAAACUGUCACCAACAUCCGAAAAUACCUGACAAGGAAUGCUGCUUAUGGUAAAACAGGACACCGAGAUGUUCAUCUGCAGAUGGAUCAAGUUUGCAUUGGAGGACGACAUGGAAGCUUACAUUUUAUCAGAUUUCCAACAACUGAGAUGAGUGAGUUUGUGACACUUGCCAAGAGAAAAGGAUUGGCACAAAUGGCUCACACUAUAUGUGCAACUGGUGGUGGUGCCUAUAAAUAUGAGGCAGAAUUUCAAAAGGAAGUUAAUCUAGUCCUGCAUAAAUUUGAUGAGUUGGACUCCCUCAUUAGGGGACUUCAGUUCAUUGAGGAGAAUAAUGAUCAAGAGGUAUUCUAUUAUUCAAAUCCACGUGAUCCAGCAACAAACUCCAAGGUGGUCUAUGACUUCUCUGAUCCCUAUCCUUUCCUGGUGGUCAACAUUGGUUCUGGUGUAAGUAUCUUGGCUGUGCAUGGACCAGAAAACUACUCACGGGUCUCGGGAUCCAGUUUAGGAGGAGGAACCUUCCUAGGUCUCUGCUGCCUUCUCACGGGGUGCUCAACAUAUGAGGAGGCCAUUGAACUUGCUGAAAAAGGCGAUAGUCAUCGUGUUGACAAGUUGGUCAAGGACAUCUAUGGUGGUGAUUAUGAACGCUUUGAAUUACCAGGAGAUCUUGUUGCAUCAAGCUUUGGCAACAUGCACUGUGUGGAUAGACGAGCCAAUGUCACCAAGGAAGACCUGGCAAGAGCGACAUUGGUUACUAUCACAAACAACAUUGGCUCUAUUGCCAGAAUGUGUGCCAAGAAUGAAGGCAUUGAGAGAGUUGUGUUUGUGGGAAACUUCCUUCGCAUCAACCCGAUCUCAAUGGAGCUCCUGGCGUAUGCUAUGGACUUUUGGUCUGCUGGGCACCAGAAAGCCCUCUUCCUUGAGCAUGAGGGGUACUUUGGAGCUGUGGGCUGCCUUUUGGAGUUGAUGAAGCCCCCAUCGAUAAGAAAAUCAAGAUCUCAAAUAUCUCAUACACAUCAAUGCUAUUAGCCUUGAAGGAUGAUUAGUAUCAAUGAUGAAGACUCCUACAUCCAUCUCUUCCAUCAACCUUAAAGCAAUCCAACUGA